AUGAGGUUUCCAUCAUGGCUAAGCUGGUAUAAGAAGCUAGAGUACCGCGACAUCAAAGAGUACUCCAACGCCGUCGUAUCUGGAAAACGAGACCUGAGUCCUGAUGGCCGCGGCAAAACCGCCGUACCGGCACGUCUGAGGCUCGAGAGGGUAUUGCAGAACAAGACAUGCAGCCCCAUGUCACUUUACGACUUUUACAUGUAUCUAAAAUACAUCGAGUUCUCGCCCGAGAACCUGGAGUUCUACAUAUGGUACAAGAGCUAUGAGGAGGGUUGGAAGAAGAACCUCUGUGGCGACUUCGACGCGGCCUCGUUGAGCAGCUCUGUGACGAGCACAGCGUCCCUAAGGAAGGCGACCGAAAACCCGUCAGAAGUGUUCUCGACAGAUCCCGAAAUCGGCAAGUCUUCUGUGCCCAGCCCCGCUAUCUGCCUGCAACUGCUGACUGUUCAGCCGAGACUCUUGCGUGCAUCACGGCCGCCAUCCUCAUCGUCCAGACAGGCCAAGACGGGUGCCACACUCAACGUCGUGGAUGCCAGCGCCGGCCGUCGUGCCGAACUGGGCGCCGUCAUCAAGAUUUUCCUUAGGCCCGGCGCCGAGAAGGAGCUCAAUAUCCCGCCUGCCAUGCGUGACCACGCCCUCGCUGAACUGCAAAGCUCAGCUGACCCGACCCACUUGAAGGCCGUUGCCGAUCACGUCUACCUGCUGCUGCGCAACUGCUCCCAUCGCAACUUUGUCCGUCUCGGCGUCUCUAACGGCACAAUCGAGACCAUCUGCGUCGCCACUGGUCUCGGCAUUGCCCUCACCAUCGCCGGCGUCCUCUGCGUCCUGCUGCGCGCCCUAACCCCCCACGUUGGUGUCCACUCGCGCUUCGACGUCUUCGCCGCGUGGCCCAUGUGGUGGCUUGGCCUCAGCCUCAUCCUCUCUGGACUGCGCGGCAGCUGCUUCUUCCUCCUUCUUUUCACCCAUCGCCAGCCCCUGCCUUGGGAGCGCUUCGACGAUAGCGCCAGCAUGCUUUCCCAUCGUUCCGGUUUUAUGAAGAGGAUUUCCCGUCUCAUGAUAUUCGACCGGAAGCUGCGCGUCGCCGACACGCAUCUGCGUCGCCUCCAGCAUCGCAUCGUCGUCCAGAGUCUGCUCUUUGGCGCAUUCUUUGCCUUCAUAGGCGUGCUGAUCUUUAUCUUCCUGCCCAUCUGGUCUGAGACUGUCUAG